AUGCCUGUACAGGAGAUGGCGGUGAGUCCUGUCAAGUCCCUGCACUGGGAGCAGCUCCCCCCCAUGUCGCAGCGCCGCGUCUACUGCACACCCGUCUAUCACGAGGGCUUGAUCUAUGUGCUGGGGGGCUGCAGUGAGACCGGCAUGCCUCUGGACAGCGUGGAAGUCUUGGACGUGGAGAGCCAGACGUGGAGCCAGCUGCCGCCUUUGCCCACUGCCCGGGCAGGGGCUUCAGCGGUGGCGCUGGGAGGCCAGGUGAUGGUGCUUGGGGGCAUGAAUCAGCAGCAGACACCCCUGGCCUCUGUGGAAAUGUACCACCCCGACGAAGGCAAAUGGGAGACGAAAGGCAGUUUAGGGCAGCCGUCCAUGGGAGUGACCACAGUGGAGAAAGAUGGGAAAGUAUACGCCCUGGGCGGGAUGGGAGCAGACACGACGCCUCAGUCUCAGGUUAGAGUUUACGUUGCGGAGAGGGACCAGUGGCAGAUGGUGACCUCCAUGCCUACGCCACGCUACGGAGCAACACCGUUCGUAAUAGGAAACAGAAUCUACAUGAUGGGGGGUCGUCAGGGAAAGAUGCCAGUGACGGCACUGGAGGCUUUUGACCUGGAGACGAAGAGCUGGACGCGUUACCCCUGCAUCCCCAGUCGGAGGGCGUUCUCGUGCUGUGCUUCAAACGAGCGGAGCCUCUUCAGCCUGGGGGGCCUUCAGCAGCCGGGGCCACAUAACUUUUACUCCAGACCUCACUUUGUCAGCACCACAGAGGAGUAUGAUCUGGAUCAAGGUGUUUGGAUCAAACCAAGCCGAACAUCCAGGAUGAGAGAGAAAAGGGCCGACUUUGUAGCUGGAUGCCUGGGAGGACGGGUCAUCGUAGCUGGGGGUCUAGGUAAUGAGCCGUCGCCUUUGGGCUCAGUGGAGAGCUACCACCCGGGGAAGCGGCGCUGGGAGUACGUGGCGCCCAUGCCCACUGCUCGCUGCUCCUCUGCGCCGCUGCAGACGAGCAGCAUGCUGUUUGUGAUCGGAGGAGUUGCCCAGGGACCCAGUAACGCCGUGGAAGCGCUCUGCUUGGAGGAAACAGUGUGACACAUGCACACAGACACAAACACAGGAAGAAAUGCAAUCUGGCAUUAAUAUUUAAUUCACGUAUGAGUGAAAACUCAAACGUGCACACCUGAAUCAAAGCCACAGAUCGCACCGGGAUAUAUUUUUACCUUGCUGCUCAACAGGUGGCUGUGUCUUUUACCCAGAGACUUUUUUUAGCCAUUGAACA